GGUGUUUAUAGGUGUUUAUGCCCAGCAGAACAGAAGUAUAUAUGAUGAGUAUCAGUGCAAUUUAAUAAUGAGAGAACGUUGUUUCAAUUUUAUUAGUACCAUAUACCAUAUAAUGAAUUAGUAGAAAAAAAAUUGUUGUAGUGUUUUAGUAUUUUCGGACAUCAACUCAUUAAAUUCAUAAUGUCUUCAGGUAGACCUAUAAAAUGUGUUGUCGUCGGCGACGGAACAGUGGGAAAGACAUGCAUGUUAAUAUCAUACACAACUGAUAGUUUCCCAGGAGAAUAUGUCCCUACAGUUUUUGACAAUUAUUCAGCACCUAUGGUUGUUGAUGGAAUCCCUGUUUCAUUGGGGCUUUGGGAUACGGCUGGACAAGAAGAUUAUGAUCGAUUAAGGCCGCUGUCUUAUCCCCAAACUGAUGUAUUUCUCAUAUGUUUUAGUGUUGCAAGUCCGUCAUCUUUUGAAAAUGUCACUUCAAAGUGGUAUCCUGAAAUAAAACAUCACUGCCCUGAUGCACCUAUAAUACUUGUUGGUACCAAAAUAGAUUUAAGAGACGAUAGAGAAACCUUAAGUUCUCUAGCAGAACAAAAUUUAUCACCUAUGAAACGUGAACAAGGCCAAAAAUUAGCUAAUAAGGUUCGUGCUGUAAAAUAUAUGGAAUGUUCAGCUCUCACACAAAGAGGUUUGAAACAAGUCUUUGAUGAGGCUGUUAGAGCCGUCCUCAGACCAGAGCCUCAGAAAAGACGUCAAAGGAAAUGUAUAAUGCUUUAAAAGUUUUAUUUUAUAUGAAAGUGUUGAGAUCUGCAAAAAAUGACUACCUAGAAAUAUUAUCACUAAAUUAUUUAUACAUUG